AUGUCUUUAAGUAACUCAUCUACCACAAUGCUCCGACGCACUCUGAUGAGUAGCCGCCUGGCCGCUCCUGUCGAGUGCUCGGCCCGAACAAUCAGACCGGCCUUCGUAUCCUACCGAAAUGUUUCCAGCGCAGCUCGACUGCCGACCCUCACAGCAUCAGAGACCCGUCGCCGACCGAGUGUGCGACCACACCAGCAGCCUGCCUCACAGGGCGGUGUGAACGGUCUUUCGCCGACAAGCAAGCGCACCAUCUUUAUCCAGACCGAGAACACCCCCAACCCCGACGCCUUGAAGUUUAUCCCCAACCACCGCGUUCUGCCCGAGGACUUCCCCAGCACAUUCCUCGAGUACAUGUCCCCGCGGUCAACUCUCGCACCACCGCACCCAUCCCCGCUCGCGGCUAAACUGCUCGAUGUGGAAGGUGUCACGUCCGUCUUCUACGGCACAGACUUCAUCACCGUGACAAAAGGCAGCGAUGCGAACUGGGCGCACAUCAAGCCGGAAGUCUUCAGCAUCAUCACGCAGGCCGUGACAUCCGGCGAGACGAUCGUGACGACCGUGGAGGGUGCCGUUAGCGGUGAACAAGAAAGCAAUGGCGAGGACUCACUCGCUUAUAACGAAGAAGAUGAUGAGGUCCUCAGCAUGAUCAAGGAAUUGCUCGAGACUCGGAUCCGUCCCGCUAUCCAAGAAGACGGUGGUGAUAUCGAACUGAAAGGAUUCGAGAAUGGUAUCGUUAUGCUUAAGUUGCGUGGUGCUUGCCGUACCUGCGACUCUAGCACUGUCACUCUGAAGAAUGGUAUUGAGUCUAUGCUUAUGCAUUACAUCGAGGAGGUCAAGGGUGUCGAACAGGUUAUGGAUGAGGAGGAGAUUGUUUCGAUGCAUGAGUUUGCCAAGUUUGAGGAGAAGCUGCGCCAGCAAAAGGGUGCCACUGCCACCACUAGUGCGCCACUGGACAGUGCACCGUAA